AUGGCCCAAUCUUCGCCCCUCGACAUUGUGCUGAAAGGCAGCUCCGGUCAAAGCACACGCGGUCUGCUGCGGAUCAUCAUCCUGCUAACAAUUGCGGCGGCAGCCGUAGCUAGUCGUCUGUUCAGUGUUAUUCGAUUUGAAAGUAUUAUUCACGAGUUCGAUCCGUGGUUCAACUUUCGUGCAACAAAGUAUCUGGUUCAGAAUGGGUUCUAUAGCUUCUGGGACUGGUUUGAUGACCGAACAUGGCAUCCCCUGGGCCGUGUCACUGGUGGCACUCUGUACCCCGGUCUGAUGGUGACUAGCGGUGUUAUCUACCACAUCCUCCGAUUCCUCACUAUCCCCGUUGACAUUCGCAAUGUGUGUGUCCUUCUUGCCCCUGGGUUCUCAGGCUUGACAGCGCUUGCCAUGUAUCUCUUGACAUGCGAGAUGUCCACCUCGCCCUCUGCUGGUCUUCUCGCCGCGGCUUUCAUGGGUAUUGCCCCCGGUUACAUUUCUCGAUCCGUGGCGGGAAGUUACGAUAACGAGGCUAUCGCCAUCUUCCUGCUGGUCUUUACCUUCUUCCUCUGGAUCAAGGCCGUCAAGAACGGAUCGAUCAUGUGGGGGGCUCUGACUGCUCUGUUCUAUGGAUACAUGGUCUCAGCAUGGGGUGGAUAUGUUUUCAUUACCAACCUCAUUCCACUGCAUGUGUUCGUCCUCCUUUGCAUGGGUCGCUAUAGCUCUCGUGUGUACAUCAGCUACACCACCUGGUAUGCCCUUGGAACAUUGGGCAGCAUGCAAAUUCCCUUUGUCGGAUUCCUUCCGAUUCGCAACAGUGACCACAUGUCCGCUCUCGGUGUCUUUGGUCUGAUUCAGCUUGUUGCAUUCGCGGAAUUUGUCCGAGGAUUUUUGCCUGGCAAGCAGUUCCAGAAGCUCCUAACCGCAAUGGUCUUGCUCACCUUCGGACUCGGUUUCGGCGGUCUUGUGCUCCUUUCCGUGUCGGGCAUCAUCGCUCCCUGGAGCGGUCGUUUCUAUUCACUCUGGGAUACUGGAUACGCGAAGAUUCAUAUUCCUAUCAUCGCCUCCGUGUCUGAGCACCAGCCUACCGCCUGGCCCGCUUUCUUCUUUGACCUCAACUUCCUCAUCUGGCUCUUCCCAGCCGGUGUUUUCAUGUGCUUCCAAAAGCUGAAGGAUGAGCACGUCUUCGUCAUUAUCUACGCAGUGCUCGCAAGUUACUUCGCCGGCGUGAUGGUCCGUUUGAUGCUGACCCUGACUCCUAUCGUCUGUGUUGCUGCCGCGUUGGCCCUGUCUAGCAUUCUGGAUAGCUUCUUGACCAUGGGGCGACCCAGCGCUGAUGCAAAGGCCAAAGCUAGUGCGGAGGACUUAAAGUCACUCCGAUCGGCCUCCAAGCCAAUUGUGGGUAUCUACUCGCUUGCUUCUAAGCUCACGGUUUCAGCCUCCGUCACUGUGUACUUGCUUCUCUUUGUUUCUCACUGCACUUGGGUCACUUCCAACGCCUACUCGUCCCCUUCGGUGGUCUUAGCCAGUCGCAUGCCCGACGGUAGCCAAUUCAUCAUUGAUGAUUACCGCGAGGCCUACUACUGGCUUCGCCAGAACACUCCGGAUAACGCCAAAAUCAUGUCCUGGUGGGACUAUGGCUAUCAGAUUGGUGGUAUGGCCGACCGUCCCACGCUCGUCGACAACAACACUUGGAACAACACCCACAUUGCGACCGUCGGUAAGGCCAUGAGCUCUCGUGAGGAGGUCAGCUACCCCAUUUUGCGCCAACAUGAUGUGGACUAUGUUCUGGUGGUCUUCGGUGGAUUGCUGGGCUAUUCCGGUGAUGAUCUCAACAAGUUCCUGUGGAUGGUCCGUAUUGCCGAAGGCAUCUGGCCCGACGAGGUGAAGGAACGGGAUUAUUUUACUUCCCGCGGCGAAUACCGCGUCGACGACGAGGCUACCCCGACCAUGCGUAACAGCUUGAUGUACAAAAUGUCAUACCACAACUUCCAAUCUCUCUUCCCCGCUGGCCAAGCCGUUGACCGGGUUCGUGGUUCCCGUGUGCCGGCCGAGAGCCCGCAGCUUGACACCCUUGAGGAGGCCUUCACCAGUGAGAACUGGAUCAUUCGAAUCUACAAGGUCAAGGACCUGGACAACUUUGGCCGUGACCACAGCAACGCGGUCGCCUUCGACAAGGGUCUGAAGCGGAAGCGCGCGGCGAAGAAGAAGGGUCCUCGUGUUCUGCGAACAGAGUAG